AUGUUUUGCUUACGUAGUCCUCGCCGUUCCCACCGCCGUGUCGAGACUUUUGAGGAUCCUCCUGCAGAAAUAGACAAAACGAAUAAUUAUAGUCCACCUCCUUCAAAUGAAAUACAAAGCAAUUAUCAAAAUUUUCUCGAGACCAAAAAAAUCCAACAAUCAAUGCUAUCUAAUCAGCUCAGACAAGAAAUAGAGUCUAAACGAAGGUUACUAGAUAUGCAAACUUCAUCAAUUUCUAUUCAAGAACAAACAGAUUUUUUAUUGAACCAAUUCAAAUCAUUUAAGCGUCCUGAACCAAGAACACUUAUAGAAAACCGCAAUGAAAAUUAUCAAUCAGUAUAUAAUCCUCAAUUAUUUAGUUUGAGAGAUUAUAUUCAAAAAUCUCCACGAAGAUAUAAUCAAAAUAACGUACGAAAACCUCAAAUUGCAGUAAAUGAGGAGUUUGUCCGGCCAAUGCGAACUAAUUUCUCCAAAUUUGUUUUACCUUCUAUUAAACCAGAACCAUAUUGUAAAAAGCUUGAUUCAUCUUCAGAACUAGUUUAUCCUGAUGGCCAUUACAGUGCGGUAAGCUCAGUACAAGAUUCAAGGCCAACUAAUUAA